AUGUGGAAGGCGUGGCAGUUGCGCCGAGCAAUCCAUCUACGGCGUCGUCGACCAAGCUCGAAUCUAAGGAGAGAGCCCAAGAUUGGACACCGAGGUUAUGCCAAUAAUGCUCCGGAGUUGAGCUCCAACAAAGGGAGCUUGUUCGAUGGUGAACGCUACUACUCAUUGCGGAAGAGAGAAGGCACCUCUCUCUGCAAUUCAGCCGUCGCUGGAGCUUCAGAGGAAGCCGGAUUUAGUGUGGAGCACGAAAUUGGGGAAAAGUGCGAGGCUGAUGUCCAUUUGGCAGCAAAGUUGGGCCCUGGUAUUGGGAAAUUGAUUGUGUCCAAGUGCUCUUUCAUUUUUGACACUGGAAGGGACACCUUUGAAGGGAAUUGCAGCUUGCGGGAUGUUCUCAAGCUUGGUCUCUGGCUCUCACCGGAGACCCUCCGCAGGUUCUGGCGUGCUUCGCGGCUGAGGCCUGAGGAUUUUCUUGACAUUUUGAUCGGUUUGGGACCAGGUGCAGCAGAAGUUAGGAACGCAAGAUUUCUGUGGAAUUUGUAUAGGUGGGCUUCGUGGCAGAGCAAGGACUUCCGACAUCUUCCAAGGUCGAAUGACAUCAUGGUGUCGAUACUUGCAGAUGCUCAUAUGCUCAGCCAAGCUGAAUCAUUGCUUCUCUUGCUGGAUGACAACAGGGCUCUGACCGAUGUGAGUAGACUGUUCAGUCAGAUUACCCAGAUGUAUUCAGAAGCUGGCCACCUCGACAAAUCAGUGGCACUUUUUGAUCGUGCAAGGUCCAAGUGUUUGAUUCCUUCAGCCUCAUGCUAUCAAGUACUUCUAAAUCGUCUGGUCAGAAGGAGAAAAGAGGAGUUAGUAUUAAAAGUAUAUUUGGACAUGCUUGAAGUUGGAUUAGGCUCUUGCACAGAAGGAGAUAUUCUUGAUUUUGUCAUCAAUGCUUUAGUCAAGGGAGACAAAUUCUUACAGGCUAUUCGUAUAAUUCGGCAGCUAAAGAGCUUGAACAUUGAAAUAAGCAAGGGAUCCUUGUCAACUGUCGCAAAAGAAUUUUGCAAGAAGAAGGAUAUUGGUGAUAUGAUGAAUUUCUUGGAAGAGUGGAGGUAUUUACCUGAGCUGCGUCUUUGCAAUCGGAUGCUUGCGUCUUUGUGCACAAAUCUUGGUACUGACGAGGCAUGCUUUGUCUUGCAAAGAUUAGAGUCCUUAGGAUUUGCCCCAGAUGCUACAACCUUUGGCAUUUUCAUAUGCCAUAGCUGUAGAGAAAUGAAACUCAAAGCUGCAUUCCUCUAUUUAUCUGAGUGCUUUUCUAGACAUAUCGAACCUAAAGUUUGUGCUUAUAAUGCUAUUAUAGGUGGUGUUUUCACAGAGGGAUUGUACAGACAUGCAAAAUAUAUCCUUGAAGACAUGAUUGAAAGAAAAAUAAUGCCAGAACUUAUAACAUACAGGAUACUUCUGGCAGGAUAUUGCAAGUAUAGGCAGUUCGAUGAUAUAGAACAUAUCUUGAGAACUAUGGAGACUAAUGGUGCAAAUGAUCUUCCAUCUGGAAAUUGUGUGCUCUCUAAGGCCUUAUCCUUCCUGGGGCUAGACCACUUAGGAGUGAAGGUCAAGAGAGAUAAUGCCACUGGCUUUCCGAAAGCUGAGUUUUUUGAUUCAGUAGGCAAUGGCCUGUAUUUGGACACUGACUCCCAAAGGCUUGAGAUUUCAUUGGUACAGAUUCUUGAUAAUGCUCUUUACCUAGAUAUUAACUCAAAGAUAGUCAGUGCGUGUCAGCAAGGCAAUGUUGCAAGUGCUCUUCUGCUGAAAAAUGAGGCUUUUCAAUGGGGACAUUACAUUUCACCAGCUAGCUCUUCAGAACUAAUCAAGUCCUUGUGCGCAAGCCCUGCGCAUGUUAUGGAUGUUAUUGACCUUAUGAAGGAAAUGCCAUAUACAUUUGAUAAAUUGGAUGCUCAAACUCUAAAUUUAGUCGUCCAAACACUGAGUAAGAAUGAGAUGUCAGCUCGUGCAAGAUUAGUUUUGGACAGGUUAUUCAAAAGAGGCUUGCCAGUCAAUCAAGAUACAUAUACUUAUUUGCUUUUAGGCUUCUGUACAGAAAGGAACAUCGCAGGGUUUUGGGAGUGUUGGAAUGUUGCAACAAAGUUUAGUUGGUCUCCUGACAAGAAGGAUUUGAUGGCCCUCAUCGGUCACUUGUGCAAAUGGGGAGUAAUGGAGGAAGCCUUGCAGCUUAUAAGCGCGCUGCUCGACUGCUAUCCAAAUUUGUUUUUUAGUGCAUAUUGUGCACUUCUCAAAGAGUUAUGCAGAACAGGUUACACUAAUGUUGGAUGUGCGAUGCUGGAGGCCCUCCUAGAAAAGGGUGUGGAUGUGGGCCAUUCACUGAUUCUUAAUGUGGCAGAGGGCUUCCUAAAGGAGCAGAAGACUGUCGAAUCGAUUGGACUGUAUGACAUCUGCCUUCACAGAAACAUUGUAUCAGCUGUGUUUACCCACCAAUUUGCAUUCUCUUCACUAGCAUGGUUUGAUGCAGAACGAUGCAAGGACUUGGUACAGUCUAUGCUGAAAACAGAAUGUUCUGAUGUCCCAGCUUGCAGCUGCAUUGUGAACGAAUUACUGCAUACAGGAAAAGUAAGCCAGGCAAUAUCAGUUGUUGAAGCAUCCACUUUAGGGAAGAAAUCAAGUGACAAAUUGCUAAAUUCCAUCCUUCAGUCAUAUUGUUGUCUAAACAAUUGGAGAAAAGUAGAUGCAGUUCUUUGUAUCAUGCUAAAGAUACAUGCUAGCAUUUCUAUUUCUAGCUACCGCCUUCUUGUCCGCAGAAUGUGUGAGCAGAGUCACUUUUCUAGGGCAUUAUGCCUUAAGGAGCUGAUCCAAGACAGUGACAAGUCAAGAGAUCUGAUUUUACACAACAUUCUGUUAUUCUGUCUUUUGAAAAGAAGAAACAUUUUGCAGGUUCAUGAUUUGUUGAAGGAUAUGAAAGAUAACGGUAUUUCUCCAGACAAAACAACAUAUGAUUUCCUUGUUUAUGGCUUUCACAAGUCUGGAGAUACCGAUCGUUCAGUUACUAUGCUUGAUGCUGGCAUUGCUCAGGGAUUAACACCAACCAACCGCAGUCUCAGAAUAGUAUUGAGUCACCACUGCAUGUUAGGGAACCUCGAGAAAGCACUGCAGUUAUUUCAUCUGAUUGAGGGCAGUGGAUGGAAGCAUGGUUUAGUCAUUGAAUUGACUCUCAUUUCAGCUCUCCUUUCAUUUGGAAGAAAUUUUGAAGCAAAAUCAUGUCUGAACAACCUGAGCAGAAGUGCACUAACUACAUCUUACAUUAGUUUUGAUGUGCUAAUCAAGGAAUUCUGCAGACAGGGUGACGUGGAAAUGUCUGUUAAUCUGAUAAAUACAAUGUUGAAGCAUGGUAGACUUCCAAGUGAAGCUAGUUACAGCUCUAUCAUAUACAGGCUAUGUAUAUUGAAAGAAUUUGAUCGGGCACUUGAUUUUCUUGCUGAGAUGCAGUUGGAGAACUUAAAACCAAGUGAGAGAUCCUGUGAUGUGCUCAUGCGUGGCCUUUGUUCAAUGGGAAGAACCAGUGAUGCUAAGAAGAUUUUGGAAAUGCUAAGGACCUUUGGGUCUGCAGCAUCCUUUGGCAUGUAUAGAACUGUUUUUGAUAACUACCGUAGGUGUAACAACACACCGGAAGCCGCAGGACUUCUGCAUGACAUGCAGCAAGCAGGACACGUGCCCAACUUUGAGAUGCAGUGGUCUGUGAUAAGCAAUUUGAGCAGUACUGAUAGGAAGACUGAAGGAUAUGAACAACCUAUUUUGUCGAAAAUUAUUUCAUCCAGUCAAUUCCCCAUGAAGGAUAAUAGGAGGAAGUGA